GGGUAUCCUGCCCUGCCAUGUUGUGCUGUGCCAUGUCGUGCAGUGUGGGAUGGGAGCUUCUGCAGACCAGGACUGGUGAUAAACCAGCCCUUGGCAUCACCCUGUGUCCUCUCUGCAGCAAGCAAGGGACAGAGCACGCAGCGAGAUGGACAUUGCGGGGCUGCAUGAAGCCACCAAAGGGAAACAGGGAUGGGGACAACUGUGCCAAGCAGUGCCCAGGGCCCUGCCCUGCUGCCGGGGGGUGCAGCAGCAGGCAGCCGUUUGUCAUUGCUGGAUGGGGUGGGCUUUGGUGGUGUCCCCAGCGAACAAGCUUUGCGGCAGGUUUUGGUGCCCACCAGGCUCCUCGAGUUCCUGGGCAGGACAUGAGCUCUGCAGAUGGGUGUCCCGGGGGCUGCCCUGUGCCCAGGGAGCUCACCCUGCCGUCACCUCUCUCUUUUCCCCCAACAGUCACCUCUGAACAGAUCGAGCAUCUGCACCGGCGAUUCAAGCAGCUGAGCCGGGACCAGCUGACGAUCCGCAAGGAGAAUUUCGACAGCAUCCCAGACCUGGAGUUCAACCCGAUUAGGGGGAAAAUAGUCCAUGCUUUUUUCGACAAGCGGAACCUGCGUCAGGAGUCGGAUGGGCUGGCAGACGAGAUAAACUUUGAGGACUUCCUGACCAUCAUGUCCUACUUCAGACCCAUCGAGAUGAACAUGGAUGAGGAGCAGCUCGAUCGCUUCCGGAAAGAGAAACUCAAAUUCCUCUUCCAUAUGUACGACUCAGACCACGAUGGGAAGAUCACGCUGCAGGAGUACAGAAAUGUGGUGGAGGAGCUGCUGUCGGGGAACCCCCACCUGGAGAAGGAGUCGGCACGGUCCAUCGCCGAUGGGGCCAUGAUGGAGGCAGCCAGCAUCUGUGUGGGACAAAUGGGGCCGGACCAGGUGUAUGAAGGCAUCACCUUUGAAGACUUCCUCAAGAUGUGGCAGGGGAUAGACAUUGAAACCAAGAUGCACGUCCGCUUCCUCAACAUGGACACCAUUGCGCACUGCUACUGACCUCUGGCUCUCUCCUGGGAGCCAGAGGAAGAGGAGGAGGAGGAGGAGGAGGAGGAGGAAGACGAGCACUCUGCAGCAGCUCCAUGUUCCUGGCACCAAGCGCUUUGUACCCGCCCGCGUGCCUGUCCCGUUGUGGGGCUGCCUUCUGCUCUCUAGAAACGUAAGAGGCUUUUAUCUGUAAUAAAAGGUAUUUCUCUUUUUA